AGCUAGAAAGGCAGUGCUAGUUUAAGGAGCAGAGCACAAAGGGAGAAGACUUCUGAAUUUGGUAGCUUUCACUAGUGGAGAUCUACACAUUAGGGGAAAAAUCGGAUGUUUUCCAGCUCUGCAGAAUCACAAACUGAUAGGAUUCAGAGCCCCCUCCUUAACAUGGACUCACCCUGAAACACUGAUCCAGAGCUGACAAUGAGCACAUUUAACUUGUGGCUGUCUGUGCUGUGCGCCUUCGGGGUCUCCGCAUCUCGUGUUCAAGACACUGGACAGUGUAUGGAUGGGAUAACGGUCAACGUGAUCCUGCUGGAGGACGAGGAGUCUCCCUGGAGCCUGAAGUAUGUGGGGGGACAAAUCCUAGAGGCCAUCGAGAAGGAUGCAGCUAUCAAUGCUGAAGAAGGUAUGGAGUUCAACCUCACAGUCAACUUUGAGGGGUUCAACACCACUCUUUAUCGCCAAAGAGGCUGCAUAACGAGUGCAUGCGAGGGGGCAGAGAAGCUCAACAAACUGAUGGUUACAGGUGAGCUGGGAUGUGCCGUACUGGGACCCACCUGCACCUACGCCACCUUUGCAAUAGCCGAUGUAGAAAAAGGCUUUAACCUCAGCACACCCAUCAUCUCAGCUGGAAGCUUCGGCUCCUCCUGCGACUACGCCAUGAACCUGCAGCGCCUCCUGCCACCGGCCCGCAAGAUCUCCGACUUUUUCAUCAACUUCUGGAAAGAAAAGUUCACCAUCAAACCAAAGUGGAGGACAGCCUACGUCUACAAACGACAGCCCAACACUGAGGACUGCUUAUGGUACAUCGGAGCGCUGGAAGCUGACGGCAGGUUUCUAGUAAACGUGAGCAGAACGAUUCUGCGCCAUCCCGGCGACCUGAAGGACGUUCUGGACUCUCAGGAGAACAGGACCAGCAAUCUGUUCAUCCUGUGCGGCUCACCGACGGACCUGAAGGAAGUGAAAAACAUCUCUGACGCUGCCGACAACUUGGAUAUUCUCUUCAUUCUCAUCGAUCUUUACAAUGAUGUUUACUACACCAACACAACAUCAAUGCCGGAGAUGAGGAACGUAUUGGUGCUGACCAUGCCCGACACCAGAACCUACACCAUCAAGCCGGACCUCACAGGCAACGAUACGAUGAACGACUACAUGGCUGCGUAUCACGACGCGGUGCUGUUGGUUGGUCAAGUCAUGAGAGACAUCGCAAUAAGAAACCCGGCAGAGAUGCAAGGGAUGGAAUACGUCAACACAAAUUACUUUCGGAACGUCUCAUUUAACGGAAUUGGUGGCCAUUAUAAACUGGACAGUUAUGGAGACAGAGAUGUGAACUUCUCGGUUAUUUACACCUCCACUGACAACAAGUACAAGAUUUUAUUCUCCUUUGACACUGAAAACAACAGGACCAAACAGAUGGAUCCAUCUCCAACCUUCAUCUGGACAAAGGCGCUUCCUGACGACAAACCAGGCAGCGAACUAGAAACCCAAGACAUCAUCGUGGUGGUGCUGGGCGUCACGGUGGCUGUGGUCGCCACACUUGCCUUUAUUUUUUACAGACAGAACAGGAAGGAUCGUCGGCUCAGGAAACGCUGGUCUCACAUCAACCCUGAUCUCAUCUCACUGCUGGAGAACAACGAGCACAACAUCGUCUCCCUGAAGAUAGAAGAAGAGAGGAAGAAGAUGUGUCAGAUCCGCCGGGCCCUCUACGAUAAGAAGAUUGUGAUCCUGAAGGAGCUGAAGAAGUCUGAUGGGAACUUCAACAAAGCCCAGAGGAUAGAGCUCAACGCGCUUCUGCACAUCGACUAUUACAGCCUCACAAAGUUUUAUGGCACGGUGAAGUUUGAUCAGGGAGUGUUCGGAGUCUUCGAGUACGGACAGCGGGGGUCACUGCGGUAUGUGCUGAACGAUAAGGUGUCGUACCCAGAGGGAACCUUCAUGGACUGGGAGUUCAAAAUAUCCGUCAUGUGCGACAUUGCAAAGGGCAUGUCCUACCUGCACGCCAGUGACAUCCAGGUCCACGGCCGCCUGAAGUCCACCAACUGCGUGGUGGACAACCGCAUGGUGGUGAAGAUCACAGACUUCGGCUGCAACGCCUUCCUGAGCCGGGAGCACGACUUGUGGACAGCGCCGGAGCACCUGAGGAAGGAGGGCACCUCUCAGAAGGGAGACGUCUACAGCUUUGCCAUCAUCUGCCAGGAGAUCGUCCUCAGGAGGAGCACCUUCUACACCGAGGCCAGCCUGAAGAGAUCAGAGAAGCUGUCCAGAGUCAUCACAUCCUACUUCAGGCCGGAUCUUAACCUUGAGACGGCUUCAGAGAAAGAAGCAGAGGUUUAUAUGUUGAUAAAAAGCUGCUGGGAAGAAGAUCCAGAAAAGAGACCCGACUUUAAGAAAGUUGAAAACCUCCUGGGUAAAAUCAUCAGUAAAAUACACAACCAGGACAACGAGAGCUACAUGGACAACAUGAUGCGGCGGCUGCAGAUGUACUCCAAGAACCUGGAGCACCUGGUGGAGGAGAGGACGGCGCUGUACAAGGCUGAGAGGGAUCGAGCCGACCGCCUCAACUUCAUGCUGCUUCCUCGGCCGGUGGUGAAGAGCCUGAAGGAGUCGGGCGCGGUGGAGCCGGAGCUGUACGACGAGGUGACCAUCUACUUCAGCGACAUCGUGGGCUUCACCACCCUGUGCCAGUACAGCACGCCCAUGGAGGUGGUGGACAUGCUCAACGACAUCUACAAGGGCUUCGACAGCAUCGUGGACCAUCAUGAUGUGUACAAGGUGGAAACCAUCGGCGACGCCUACAUGGUCGCCUCCGGGCUGCCCAACAGAAACGGGAACAUGCAUGCGGUGGACAUCUGCCGCAUGGCGCUGGACAUCUUGGAGUUCAUGGGGACCUUCCAGCUGCGACAUCUCGUCGGCAUUCCGGUGUGGAUACGCAUUGGCGUGCACUCAGGUCCGUGUGCCGCAGGCGUGGUUGGGGUGAAGAUGCCCAGAUACUGUUUGUUUGGGGACACGGUGAACACGGCGUCUCGCAUGGAGUCUACAGGACAUCCUUUGAGGAUCCACGUCAGCGAGCCCACCAUCCAGAUCCUGCAGAGGACCAACUGCAAGUUUGAGUAUGAGAUGAGAGGAGAGACAUACCUGAAGGGGAAAGGCACGGAGAUGACCUACUGGCUGACGGGAGAAAGUGGGCAGGACUAUGACCUUCCGACUCCGCCCACAACGGAGAACGUCCAGCGUCUGCAGCAGCACCUGGCACACAUGAUCCUGGCGUGUCUGGAGCGCCGCUCCCGGGGGUCCGUUCGGAGGAAGAAGCAGCACGCGGACCAGGGCAAAAAUGAUGAAGACGAGGAGUCAGGGGUGGAGUCUGAGAGCAGCCAACCCGAGUAUCUCCACCUGGCCACAGUGGACAACACGCUGAGCACCUUCCUUUAGAGAACACGCGCGAACACCAGGCGUUUGUUUUGAACUGCAGCCAUGACGCCUCGUUACGACCUGCAGAUCCUCACAGAGAAGCAGCGAAAAACUCCUGAACUUUGAGGAGACUUUCUGACUUUUUCCUCUGAAGUUGAGCUUGAUUCAUUCAUUAAAUCAAAUCUGAAAGUC